GCCAUCUCCGAAGACAGUAACAAAGAUGGACUUUGUAGGUGUAACACAUAGCAUUAUUUUCUGGCCUGUAUCAUAGUGUGCUCAUUCAUAUAAACACUUUGUCACAUGAGGGCGUCGCUCCCUGUAACUCCACAGUGACGUGAUGAGGCUGGUCCUGGUCAAACCUACCAAUGAAACGGGCCUUCUUGACUCCACCGGGGCUGCACGCAGCGAAAGGGUGCCAGAGCAUUGCAAAGCAAAGCGGCACUCGCAAUCCGCAGCAGGUGAGGGGGUUAUGCAGCAUCGGUACUCUGGAGCUGUCCACCAGCACCACCACCUCGUAGAGCACAGGGGCGACCAGAGCACCGCUGCCCCUAGACAAACCACCCCGGUGUGCAGUCUGUCUGAGCCAAAAGAGAGCCAACAGAAGCUGCCCAGCCCAUUUGGUUCAGCAGCACCAGUGCUUAGCCAAGGGAGCAACCCAAGUCUGCCAGACUGUUCCAAACACUCCCUAAGUCGGCAGCAGAGCAUUCGAGGAACUGCCACGCAAGCGGAGAGGUUGGACCCCUCGUGCAAGCAGUGUCGCUUGUCAGAGUCGGGGAAUUCAUGCGCCUGGAGUUCGUCGCAAUCGGGGAGUCAGCAUCAUUGCCAACCAGAUCAUUUCGCGUGCACCUGCGGAUUGCACGAGCAACAGCAUCAAACCCAGCGUCACAAGCCGAACCACUCGAAACCGCUCGUUUUGUGCAAUCCGACAGACGUGCAGCCGCAGCUACAGGUCCAGCAGCAGCGGUUGCUGAGGAGCAGCCUGCCCAACUGCUGCGUGCGGGGAUCCGUGGAGCUGAGAAGUCAGCAGCCCUCUCUGCUGCAGCAGUUCCACUCGCGACAGUGCCAUCACGCCCGUGCAUGCACGCCUGAUAUAUGCCAGAGAGCCAGGAGCUCCGUUUCACCACGGAGUAAAAGCAGUCCGCUCUCCUCCGACAGUCGACUGUGGCUCGAGGAGAAUAAACACAGACACGAAGGGCAGAAGGUGAAUGCGGAUGCCAACAGGCUGAGCCAUGCUGGAUCACGGCCUUCCCUGUCCCAUGGCGGCCAGCAAUAUCCUCAGAUAGCCAUGAACAGCUGCAAGUACAAUGGGGGCAUAAUCAGACCACUCGGCAGUCUGGGGGCGUCCCGGAGGAACCUAGCAGAGCUGGACUCUGAGACCCAGCCUUUGCAGACCCUACACAAUUCUGGGCUGGAGGUGUUGGUCUCCAAAGGGAAUGGGGAUGACCCAAGUAAGCAGUCCACUGAGAACCUGGUGAGACGAAGACCAAGCAGUGCUCCACAUAAGAAGAACAAGGACAUUGGCUAUAAGCUUGGGCAUCGGAGGGUACUGUUCGAGAAGCGCAAACGCCUUAGUGACUACGCCCUGAUUUUUGGAAUGUUUGGGAUUGUUGUUAUGGUGACAGAGACUGAGCUCUCUUGGGGAGUUUAUACAAAGGAAUCCUCCUAUUCAUUUGCACUGAAAUGCCUUAUUAGCCUCUCCACUGUUAUUCUGCUCUGUCUGAUCAUAAUGUACCACGCACGAGAGAUUCAUCUCUUCAUGGUGGACAAUGGGGCAGAUGACUGGCGGAUAGCCAUGACAUACGAGCGUAUCUUCUUCAUCAUGUUGGAGCUCCUGGUGUGUGCCAUCCACCCCAUUCCUGGUCAGUACGUCUUCACAUGGACCGCCCGCCUGGCAUUCACCUACACCCCAUCUGUGGCCGACGCAGAUGUGGACAUCAUCCUCUCCAUCCCCAUGUUCCUGCGGCUGUAUCUAAUUGGCCGGGUCAUGCUCCUGCACAGUAAGCUCUUUACGGACGCCUCGUCUCGCAGUAUCGGAGCGCUCAAUAAGAUCAACUUUAACACACGCUUUGUCAUGAAGACUUUGAUGACUAUUUGUCCAGGCACAGUGCUGCUGGUUUUCAGUAUAUCAUCAUGGAUCAUUGCUGCCUGGACUGUGCAUGUCUGUGAGAGAUACCAUGAUAAAGUCGAAGUCACCAGUAACUUCUUGGGAGCCAUGUGGUUGAUCUCUAUAACCUUCCUGUCAAUUGGUUAUGGAGACAUGGUGCCUAACACGUACUGUGGGAAGGGAGUAUGUCUACUUACUGGAAUCAUGGGGGCUGGCUGCACUGCCUUAGUGGUUGCUGUGGUAGCCAGAAAACUAGAGCUCACCAAGGCUGAGAAGCAUGUUCAUAACUUUAUGAUGGACACUCAACUCUGCAAAAGAGUGAAAAAUACGGCUGCUAAUGUACUCAGGGAAACAUGGCUAAUCUACAAACACACUAAACUUGUGAAGAAGAUCGACCACGCCAAGGUCCGGAAACAUCAGCGCAAGUUUCUGCAGGCCAUUCAUCAAGCUCAGAAACUGCGAAGUGUGAAGAUGGAGCAGAGAAAGCUGAAUGACCAAGCAAACACGCUGGUUGACUUAGCCAAGACACAGAAUGUGAUGUACGAUCUGGUCGCGGAGCUUCAGGAGCGCAGCGAGGAGCUGGAAAAGCGGAUCGGUCACCUAGAGACAAAACUGGACUCCAUAAACUGCAGUCUGCAGGCUCUGCCUGGCCUGCUCUCACAAGCCAUACAACAGCAACAGCACCUCCUGCUGGACGGGCUGACCCAGCGUGGAUUGACCCUCACAAGACCCUCAUCGCAGGCCUCCGAUCACUCCAGGAUGUCAUCGGUACACCGACGACGAUCCCCCUCGACCGCACCACACACAUCCUCUGACAGCGGCUAGCAAACAUGCACACACCCGAAACCAUACUUUAAAACACCACACACACUCCCACAGACCUCUGUCAUCAACUAACACUGCUAAAUAUACUUUUAGUACUAAAACAUUAACAAGAAUGACAACUUCAACACACAGAGAAAACAAUGUAAUGAUUAACACAUGGUAGAGAUAUGGUUUAUGUUUAGCCAUUGUAUGGCUGAUUAAAGUUAGCUUUUUUGUAAAGCCCUUGUAUAGUAAUGGACUGGAUUCAGAUUGCAGAGUGGUGGAAUGGAUUUAUAUAAAGGUAUAGUUGGGGGGGGAAAUAAACCAAUGAAAAUGAAGAGGAUUUAAAUAAAAUGGAAGAAUGCAAUUGAGACUUCCUGUCCAUGACAGUGUUUGAAGAUGUAGACUGAAGAUGUUUGGAAUGUGACACUAGUUUACCAUUUACUAAAUACUUGACAGUAUACUGUACACUGUAUACUGCCUACUAUUAAAAAAGUAAAUGAAAUGGUAGGAUUUAUUCCAAGAUAAAUGUUCUAAACAAUAGUUUGCUACAUUAUUGUCACAUGACCCCAUCACAUUGCACGUGAAUGGCAUCAGGUUAUCUUAGAAAUAAAAUAGUUAUUUUGUAUUUUUAGUUCUGUUUCAUCUUAAUUCAAUGUUUUAACUUUUGGCCAUAAAUAAUAAGCCAAAAAAGAGAUUUUGUGAAAUUGUGGCUGUAAUUACUUUGUUACACUGGAAGUGGAAGACAAGUUGUAUAGUGCACAUUUUGGCAAAUGUAGUAUACCUUCUGGGUGUUCUAUGCAUAUAGGCAAUUUGCAUACUGGGCACAGUAUACACUAAUAAUUGUACUGCAGGAAUAGUAAGAGUCAUAAGUUAGUAUGUCAUUCCAAAUAAAGCUUUAGAGCUGAUGGGGCUGAGCAGGGAACUUUGGAAGACAAAUGGGUGGAUGGUUGAAAACUAAAGGAUCACUUGAUCUUAGGUAUUCAAAGUCAAAAAGGUAAUAAUAAAAAAUCAAGAAAGUAAUCAUUUAAAUAGUGUUUGCAAAUGCAUAUUUUAGUUUUUGCAGUACAAUGAGACUGAUAAAUCUUUUCAUAAAUCAUGCCACACAAACUUUCUUUAUUUCAUUCUGACCAUACACAAGUUGGAAGACAAUUUGCAUUCUCAUAAUAGGAAUAAACAAUAAAAUGCUCAAACAAAAUGUUGUGCUGUAUGUGCAUUGGGCUCCCACAAUUUUUGACCUAUGAGUUUCAAAGAUUUUUUCCAUUACCUUUCCAGUUGUUUUCAGUUAAAGCCAUUAAAAUUCAAAACGAUUCACUAAUCAAUCAUUCAAACCAAUUUGUGAGCCGGUUCGACCGAACUCAAAAGAAAGGUUUACUCACAAAUCAGACAUCACUAUGGCUUGUGAGGAAAUUUUACUCAACACAAGAGCAAUAUUUAUCCAAUGAAAUAUUUUAGAGCAGAGAACUAGAAAGAAUUAUAUUUGUUAUAGAAAUUCUCAUGCCUUUUACGAUUUUAUUCCAUCAAAACGAUCAAAAUGUCCUGAUAUUUCCAGGUUUUCCCUUGCCAUGCGAUCCCUGCUUGCACUUAUGCAAUAUAUAUAUUGUCUUCCAGCAUGUACAGUAUACUUGCAUAUACUGU